CAAUCUCGUCCGUUACAAGUUACAACCACCAUCUUAAAAAUUCUCAAAUACACUUUAAAAAAAAAAACUUUUGAGAGUUUAGAAAAGUGAAUUAAGCUUUUAAAGACAUGAAGUUCACGGCAGCUGUGUUCAUUGUGUUCGCGAUUGGUGCCAUGAUGUCUCCAAUUCCGACCAGAGCAACCGUGGUCGAAGGUUCCGGAAAAGAAGUGAUUAAUGCUAAGUGUUCUGCGAUGGGACUUAGUUCAUGCUUACCAGCAAUGACAUCAGGACACGCACCAUCUACAGACUGUUGCACGAAACUCAAAGAGCAGAAAACUUGUUUGUGUUCCUACAUUAAAAACCCGCUGUGUGGUUCGUACGUUAGGUCUCCAAACGCUCAUAAAACGUUGGAGGCUUGUGGUGUUCCUUAUACUUCUUUUUGAAGUUUGAGAUUUUCCUAGAACAAGUUAUUUAUUCUAUGUGAUAAUAAUAAAAGAUAAUAAUGAGAAAUAUUAAAAACAAAAUCAUUAUGUAAUAAUGAGUCGAUGAGGAUGACUUAUGAAUUUAUUAUUUAUGAUAAUAUGAUUUGGGAGUUUCUAGUGA